AGCAGAGGAGCUCUCAUCCAGAUCCGUGCCAGACGCAUGGUCGACUUUUGGUUUUUGCGCAGCUUCUAACACCUUUAGUUUCAUUUCUACCUUAAGAUUAGUUAAUAUUUAACUUUGUGUCAACUUUGAGGUGUUUUUAAAGUAGAUUGUUCACGCCUGUUGGAUAUAUCCUUUGGAAUUAGAGUUGGAUACUCCACGACGCACAGAAGUCAUCUUCGGUUAAACCCGGAUUAUUUCUUUCCGACGCAGCAGCUCAAGGUUUCUCCAAGGAAAAAAAUCUAUCCGUGCGUCUUCGCUUGGGCUGCUACUUUUUAAUCGAGCCGUCCCAGAAAUGGUGGGGCACCUACACCUACAAGCGAUGGAUGAUAGCCUGAAAGGAAAGAACCGAGAGGGGCUGCUCGACAGCCCGGAUUCGGGACUGCCCCCGAGCCCCAGUCCGCCCUUCUGCUCGCUGUCCCCGGGUCUGAUCGAGUCGCGCUCCAGCAGCUGCACGACGCCCGUGGAGAGCCACCACGGAUGUUAUAGGAAGGAGAGCAGAGAUGGAAAACUGCUGCCCUACCUGCUGCUGAACUCCACAGGACCAGACCCCAAGACUCGCAUGUACCCCGUGUUCUUUGGGGAAAGCAUCGAGGUCAACCCCAAACCAGAGCAGGAAAUCAAGUGCAUCUCUGAGGUCAAGUAUGACUCCGACAAGCAUUACCGGGACCGGGUUUACUGCGCCCCCGUUCCCAUGGCCACUUCCUUCAGCGAGACAGUGGUAGCGGUGCAGAACUGCACUUGGAGGAGCUACAAGUCCCAGGUGUACCUGGAGCCGCGGCAGAGGCCCAUCAGCUACCAGAGCACCACCAUCAUCUACCCGAAACAUGCCAAGAACACUUACCGCACCACGCUCAACUACAACGCCAUGGGUUCCCGCCGCUGGUUUGUCUCCACGGUGCAGCUGGAGUCGAGCGAGGACACUAGUCCCUGUAUCAUCUACACAGAGGACCUGUAGAGCCCAGCCUGUACAGGGGGAUGGCUACCUGGCAACCAUCUUGUUUUUUCUCAGAGGAUGAGGAUCGAGGGAGGGCCCGUUUUGAAAAGGAAAUACUUCAAGUGUUGUCUGGAACCCCUACAAACCCUGCUCUGUUCAUCUUUACGUGCCAUGGAGGAAACUCUGGGAACCUUCAGUGACAUUUCACCUGAGUGUAUUUAGACUUUCUACUGAUGCCGUCUUUAAAGGGACUUCUGGCAGUUUAAAGCUGCACUUGAAUGGUUAAUGUCUUAUUUAAAACAAGAGCUGACAAAUUGGUGGCUUGCCGGUCGUUAACAAUUAGAUUGCAGACGUCUGUGUAUGUAGAGAAAAGUCGAGAUGACACAAGUUGUGGGAGCUAGCGCAAACCCCAGUCACGCCAAUGCAAAGCUUGCUAAUAUGGCUUUAUUGCACUUGUUUUCUAUAUAUCACUGUCCUCUCAGUGGACGUGGAAUCGCAGGGGGAGAAUUUCAGUUCUGCGUUUGAAAAAUUGGACCAAAGACUGUUUAUCUCUGCAAUAACUCCACACUAUGAGACAGUUACACAGUUUUAACUAAACAUUUAAACAACAGCUUGUUUGGUUUGAUCAAGCACUCAGCUAGAAUAUCUGCACACUGCAGUUGUUGGGAUUAUUCACAUGAACCGGAGCGAUGUGUAUAGAGUGCAGACUGAAGUGUAAUCCUGCAGCACCAUCACAGCACAGAGGAAAUGAUGCCUGGAGAAUAUUUUAAAGAUGUUUGAAGCCUCCAAACACUGGUUUCACAUCUCAGAAUUAAUAUUGAACUGUGUUGGAUCACUGGACUUUUGGUUUUAGCUUCAUUUGAAUACUUUGGGUUAAAACAAUGUCACAGUUAAGAGUUUUGUUUUUAGGAAACUGGUUCUUGUUUGGUCUCAAGGGGGUGCUGGAGAGCUGGAGAGCUGCACAGCGACAAUCAAUGUUAAAAUGUAUGGGAAAUAUAUCCUCAUGAUAGCAGCUUUAUUUAUUAAGGGUUUAAUGCCAAAAACUGAUCUGCUUCAUGAUUGCAGGACCACAUCAAAUGUAGUUACAGAAUUAUUGAUAAUACUGAACAAAUGUGGCCUUUGAGAAAGGUGGCAAACGGAAACUCUUGGAUCAGUAUAAUCAAUAACUUGUUGUGGUUUCACUCAGACAAUAAUGAGGCAAAACAUGAGAGAAUCAGAGGGAAGUGACACUUCUCUGUCCAACUCUUGUUACAGAACUAACACGGCGCUCACCUGUUGACUUCUCCAAUACAACUUCUCUGGAGGUUUCAUGCUACAAACAAUUGACGUGUCACUGUUUCAACUAACUUCUCGAUGAAAGGCCAACAUUGUUCUGGAUUGCACCAGCUAUUCAUAAAUGUGUCACGUAGUUUGUGGAUAAAGUAGCUGCUCAUUAACUCACUCGGUAACAUCACUGUCGCAUCAACUCACCAAACUGAGACAAACAAGUUUAUUCCUACAUUUAAAGAUUGUCAUCAAUUUUUUACCGAAAGUAUCAACACCAAGUGUAAAGCGCUAACUACAGUAUAUUGUGCUCUAAAAUACCCUAUAUAGUUGAAUGGGGGGGGCAUUUCGGACACAGCCAUAGUGAUAUUUCAAUGUCCACUAAGUAAACUUUUAAAUGUAUGAAUUGCUGGUGCAGCCAAGUGUUUCACUUUGUUUUCUGAUACCAACAAAUUGACAUUGAGGGCAGUUUCUGUUCGAUGUUGUUUCAAAAGCACGAAACUCCUCCGGUAUCACCAACAUGUAAAAAGUGGAGCAGUGAUUAAAUUUCCCUGUUGAAGAUGUAAAAUAGAUGUUUUGAGCGUUUUCAUGACUUCUUUAUGUGUCUGUCUUAUAUAUAUAAAUAUAUAUAUAUAUAGAUCAUUGAACAUGGCAAAUAUUGAGACUUCAGACUUUACCUCAAAUUUUCUAAGGUAUCAGUUUUAUGUCAUUGCAAAUGUGUAUUCCCAGUUUUUUAAUGGAGGUCGUGAGCUUGAGAUCUUCUUUUAUUUCAUAGUUUGAAAAACCCUCGAGGUGUGUGUACAGUCGGAAGGACAUGAAGGGCAUGAAUCUGAGGUGGGUCAUCACAUACUGGGUUUAAAUGAGGGAACAGUAAGUAGCAGAACAAAGAGCGAGACAACAGGAGCAAACAAACGCGAUGUUGUUCUGGAGACAACUCUGUGCAGAGCAGUAAAGGUCCUGGUUAGAUGAUGGAGAGCUGCGCUAUGUGUUGAUGGUCUGUGAAAUGUGAGACAAAGUUGGUGGGUGUCAAGUCAAACACAAUGGUGGUUUUUGUGUGAGAUACUUUUUGUGUUUCCUAACACUUGAUUUUGUUACUGUAAAAUAUUCUCCUAUUGUAUAUGUGGCAUUGAGGCACUUCAUAAUUCUCUUUAUAUUUUUGUACGUUGAUAAUUGUUCCUGCUCUGAUCAAGGAAAAUAAUUUAAAAAGAUGCAUAUCCUAAAUGAAUAAAAA